AUGAUUCCUGUGAAGUUAUUUAAUUUUAUUAGUUGGUGUUUUGGCUUUUCUGAUGAACCUGAAAUGAAUUCGCAUGUUACACUUAACGAAGGACAUUUGAAAAAGGUCCUAUCCAUAUAUGCCAGGACAUGCUAUUUAUCAAUUCAAAUGGGAGAAUUGCCAUUUCAUCUUGGCAAAAAGAAGACACCCAAUUUCUCAGAUAUUGGUAUGGAGAGUGAGGAAGAAAGUAGAUAUUGGGAAGUGCAUCAGGAACUUGCAAGAAGAUUAGACUUUGCUUACACACUUAUGAAGAUGCAUCAAUCUGAAGUGGAUUUGCUACCUGGAUGGACCGGCUUUAACAUGCUUCUACGGAGAUCUAACAUACCACCUCAAUCUAAAAUACGAUACUUGCCCAUAAUUGAUGGUUCCCCUAGUGAAUACUCUACUUUGUACACUGCUCUUCAACAGAGUAUAAACAUAGCAGAUGAACUUUUAUUGGAACGAAUUGUAUUGAUCUUUGAUGAGGCUAUAUAUGCCAAAUUCCAACAAAUCGGAUGGAAGAACAAAAUAUUCAUGUCCCGAUUCAUUGUUAGACUCAGGGACUUUCAUACUACAAUGUCAUUUUUGAGUGCUAUUGGGGUGCUAUUCAGAGAUGCAGGAUUACAGGUAUGUUUCAUGCAAUAAAUUAAAGUGUUGACAUGCUUUCAAGUCAUGCAUAAAAAUAAAGAUGGAAACUGUUGGUAAACAGUGUGUUAACCAACAAAGGAAAGACUUAGAUGAAACCCAAAAAGCUCAUCAUGAAAAAGAGGUUGAAAAUGUGAAGACAACACUUCAGAAUAUGGUGAAUCCAUCUGAACCUGGUCGAACAGAAUUGGUGCAUUUUACAAGUGGUCUUGUAGGCACAGAAAAUGUAAGAACUGAUCUUUUGAAAGCAAACCACAUUGGAGAAGAGCGCUUGAAAAGUUUCAUUACGGACAGAUUAUUUGUACCGAGCCAGAUAUCUUUGCUACAAUUCCAAAGGUUAAACUGAAAACGUUUUCAUCAAUGACAAAGAAAGUGAAAGUCUCUUCAAAGAGUGGCGCAGAUGCCACACUUAAGAGCAAUCGGAACCUUUUUGCUCACAUGCUCUUGCUUGCCCAAAGUAGAGAGAUUGAUAUGAAAGAAGUUCUGUCCUUUUGUUUGGGUCCUUUCCUUUUAUCACUUUCGAUGGAAAUGGGGCUGUUGCAUAAGAUGCCAAAGAGUAAGCUUAUGGGGCUUUUGGAGUCAAGUACCGUUGAUCCAUGCGUGGAAAGUGUUCCUGAAGGAAAUGCAUGCUGGAGCACUCACAAGACAUUCGAUAAAUUCUUCCAACACCGAUUGAUGAGUCGACGUCCAUGA